UGUAAAUAUAACAGAGUCUACACUAAUUGGAAGUCUUGUCUGUCGAUUGUAUGUGGAAGAGUCAGGUAUAGAUUUCAUGAACAAAAUACACUAUUCGAUAAUAUCUGUUGAACAUAGUCAGACAUGGGAUUUGUUUACUUUGAAUGAAAAUACCGGUGAACUACUUGUCAGCGGACUUUUGGAUUAUGAAAUGAUUCAGCAUCAUUACAUAUUGGCUGCAGUACGAUAUUCAGGAGUGUCAUUGUACUCAUCUCACGCAACCAUCUAUGUACAUAUAUUAGAUGCGAAUGAACAUGCUCCACAGUUUCUUGGUUUAUAUACACCUUCAAAUUUAAUCACUAAUAAUAUAAACGUAUUAGACAGUGAUGCAAUGUCUCGUUUAGGAAGUUUCACUUUUUAUGUAUCAGGUGAUAGUCCUGUCGGUAGUUCAAUUGGUUGUGUCACAGCAUUUGAUCCAGAUUCUAGUGAUAAUGGACUAAUUGUAUACAACAUUGUUAAAGGUGAUACUUCUGAUUUCUUUGCUAUUGAACCCAAAACCGGAUGUAUAACUUUAGUGAAACAUCUACUUCCUAGUCAUUCUUACUCAAACACUGGGGAGUUAGUACCGGGACUUAACUCAAAACUGUUUGUACGAACACAUUAUCUAGUUGUAUCUGCAAGUGACAAUGGGACUCCCGUAUCAAAAUCUAAUUAUACACAAGUUAAAAUACACAUCGUUCCUGGCCCCGGUGGUAUUGAUGCACCAGCACCACGUUUUGCGUCCGAUGAUGUACUUUAUUUAACGGUUCAUGAAAAUGUUCCACCAAAUACAGUUUUGGCACCAUUAAUACGCCAAUUGACUUCGGAUUCUGCUAUACCAGGUUUUAUUGCAUUUCGAUUAGUCAUGGCCGAGCCAAUGAAUUUAUUGUAUGAGCAUCGUACAAAUUCAAAUGUUCCUAUAAAUUUGUUUGGAGUAAUUGUUGAUACUGGUUUGUUGGUCACAUUGGUUCAGUUAGACAGAGAAACACAUGGUGAUUUUCAUCGUCUUGUUGUGGAAGUCGUCGGCACUGGUGGUAUUCGCAAUAUGUUCUAUGAUCGUUUGAUAAUUCAAAUACGCAUUCUCGAUGUAAAUGAUAAUCCACCAAAAGUCAUUGGGCCAAGUCGUAUGACUGGUUGGAUUACUGAGAAUUCACCAGCUGGUACUAUGAUUGUUGGUCAUUGUUUAGAAGAUCAUUUGGUUGCUUGUGAUCCAAACUAUAUCAGUCCACUCACUAUAAAAGCCAUUGAUUAUGAUGUGGGUAUGAGUGCGAAGAUUGUAUAUAAUUUUGUCGGAUCACAAGUGGAAGAUCAGAAUCGUCAACCUUUCAUUGUGGACAGUUCAACUGGAGUACUACGUCUUGCUGAUCAUGCAUCGUUAGAUCGCGAAUCAAUAGGACAUUACAAUCUUAUGAUUGAGAUAUCAGAUAGUGGGACACCUAGUCUUACAGCUGACCGAUUAAUAAGAAUCUUUGUUGAAGUUACAGAUGUAAACGAUAGUCCUCCGAUUUUUACAGAUUCAUUUUAUUUAAGAUCUACACUAUUUUUACCAACUUAUCCAACCGAAUCGGUUUUACAAUUAACGGCAGAAGAUCCAGAUCUGAAUGACUCUGUUCAUUAUUACCUUGUCGGUGGAGAUGGCGCUGAGCAUUUUACUCUUGAUGAAAAUGAUGGUAUUUUACGUGUAGCAUCGAAUUCUACUCUUUCAUUAACUAAUGUCUCGUAUUCACCAUUUUCAUUAAAUGAUCAAGUCUUUUUUCUACAUGUUGAAGCUUGGGAUAAUCAUAAACCAAUAGCUCACGUUAGUCGUUCAAAUGUUACAAUUUUUGUACGCUGUUCAACUUCUGUUCAAGAAUCUCAAACCUUAAUUAUAGAUCCUGUAGAUGGUUUGUAUGUGGAAGUUGAAGAACACUUUGCUGGUCCAGAUCUACUCAAACUAGGUCAAUUGUCCGUUCGUAACUCUCCGAUUGGCAGAAUCUAUAGGUUUAUCACGCUCGAUCCUCAUCCCGGCAUUUUUGUCCAUCCACUGACUGGUGGCGUUUUUGCUACCGGGAAACAAAAUUCCACCGAAUUAGAUCGUGAAUCAACUGCGAAUUUCACUAUGAAUAUUCUUGUACGUGAUGCUGAAAAUCGUAUUGGAACUGCUGUAAUACAUAUACAUUUAUUAGAUAUUAAUGAUUACCAACCGGAAUUUAUUGGUUUACCAUAUUAUGUCACGUUUUGUGUUGGUUCAAGCACUAGUUUCAAUGCAUUGAAUGAACAAUCAAUCGAUCGAAAUAUAGAAGCUGAUCCUACUUGUAAAAGUUUGAAUAAUUUUAAAGUUACGGCUAUUGAUAAAGAUAAAGGUAUAAAUGGAACUGUGGUGUAUAGUCUUACCAAUAUUCGUCCUAGAGCUGAACCACCAUUAUUAUCCAUCAACUCUACAUCUGGACAUAUAUAUUUACUUCGAAGUCUUCCAUCUGAUUGGACUGGUAGACAAAUUGAAGCUGUUGUUGCAGCAAUCGAUGGAGGGGGUCUUUCGUCAACAGCUAUUGUUAAUAUUCAUUUAGUUGCCGAAAAUGGUCCACAAUUCUCAGCUAUACUUUAUUCUGCUACUGUUCUUGAAUCUGUACCUAUCGGUGAAACUGUCACUUCUGUUGAAGCAGUAGGCAUAAAUAAUGAUGCUAGUUUAAUUUAUCGUAUCGUAAGUGCUAAAUCUAUGAAACAAAUCCUUAUGUCAUCCAAUGAUUUAUUUCAUGAUUUCAAAGAAAAAGAUCCAUUAACACUAGAGGAUUGUCCAUUUGGACUUGAGUUUAAUACAGUUUAUCAUAAUGACAAUGCCACAUGCAUUGUUCGAGUCAGUAAUCGUUUAGAUUAUGAAGUCUCAUCUCACUAUUUAUUACUAAUUGAAGUUAUUGAUACUCAAACAGGUUUUGCGGCUCGUGUAAAUCUGAUAAUUAACGUAACUGAUGUCAAUGAUGUUUCACCAAUAUUUGCAACUAAUGAAUAUUCUACGUCUAUAUCGGAAAAUGUUCCCAUUGGUUAUCGAAUUCUAACCUUGAAAGCCUAUGAUCCAGAUUCUGAUUUAGGAGGACUGAUAAAAUACAGUUUAGAGUCACAUAAUCCAUUAACGGACUCGAGUCUACUUUCGUAUUUUAAAUGUGAUCCAGAAACUGGUGAUAUAUUUGUUGCUAAACAAUUGGAUUUUGAAAGUGUACGUGAAUAUUUUUUAUGGGCUGUUGCUUCUGAUCAGUCGCUUAAUUCAUUGGUGACACGUGUUCCCCUUUAUAUUCAUAUCUUAGACUUCAAUGAUAAUCCACCGUAUUUCGAUUCAUUUUUACCAUUGAAAAUUGAAAAUCCUUUAUCUAUCAAUCAGGGCAACAUUGAUAUUAUUCAGUCAAAAUGUGUUUAUCAUGUUGCAUUAAAUGAACGUUCACCUAUUGGUACAAUUAUUUCACAAUUAUCUGCUACAGAUCCAGAUAUAAAUGAUUCACUAUUAUAUCAUAUUAUAUCAAUUCAUCAGAAUGAAACAUUGUAUUUUCAUCUUGAUGAAUAUAGUGGUAUAUUACGUUGGAUUCCUUUAGUGAAUAUUUUUGGCAAACCUAUUAGUAGUAAUAAACAAUUAAAUACAAAUGAAAUAAUUACAACUUUGAAUCAUAUUAAUCCAUUAGAAUUUCAUUCAGGUAUAUCUAUUGAUCAAAUUAAAAUUAAAGUUGAAGUCACUGAUGGCCUACAUUCAAGUACAUGUGAUGUCAUAGUUCAUUUGGAUCCAAGUAAUUGGGAUCCACCUAGAUUUCAUUUACCAAAAUAUGAAUGGUGGGAAAUAUCAGAGCUAACAACUGUUGGAUCAAUUGUUAACCGAAUCCAACCAGCUAAAGAUAUGGAUCGUGGUAAAUAUGGACAAAUUGUCUACAAUAUAGCUGGUGGUGAUAAACAUGAAUGGUUCAGCAUAGAUCCUAGUGAUGGUACUAUUCGUUUGACUCGUUCAUUGGAUAGAGAAAUAAAAAAUCAAUAUAGUUUACUAAUACAAGCUACAGAUGGUGGCGGCCUAAUGGAUUUCAUGAAAUUAGACAUUUCUGUUAAAGAUAUCAAUGAUAAUCGACCAAUAUUUGCACAGGACAAGUAUGAAUUGACGCUAUUGCCAUUCAUGUAUAAUCCAUCUGAGGAGGAAGUUUUUCCAGUGACUUUACCGUUACAGUUGAAAGCCUAUGAUUUCGACAUUGAAGAAAAUGCUCAACUUGUCUAUAGAAUAUUCAGUUCACCAUCCAGUGAGUUAGUUCAAUCUAAACGAUUUUCAAUCGAUUCAACUACUGGUUUACUUCUACUGAAUGAACGAUUAUCACCGUCUGUUGCUGAUGGUAGGAAAGAACAAAUGUUAGUCGUUGCUUGUGAUUCACCUGUUUAUUCUGAUUCUGUUAUGCUUUGCUCAAAUCCUGUACAGAUUCACAUACACAUUUCUAACCAGUCAUCUAUUGUUCUACCGGAGAUUGUGUGUACAUCUCAACGUUUAUUAGAGGAUGAUUUUAUGUUUGAACGUCAAGUUGGUGUAUGUGAAGUUAAACCGGCUAAUUGGAGUAGUCAUUCAUGGCACCUAACUGGCAUAUCACCACUACCACUACAACAUGAUCAAAGUAUUUUUAGAAUUGACUCUGAAACCGGUCAAAUAUUUUCAAUAAAACCUUUGAAUUAUGAAGUUCAAUCAAUAUAUGAAUUAAAUAUUGAAUUUCAUGCUUUGGCAUAUAAUCCUAUAAUCAUUAUGCGUACAAAGUUAACCAUUGAACUGAUUGAUGUCAACGAUUGUACACCAUACUUUGAUUCUCCAUUAUAUCAUAUUGACUUACCAGAGGAUUAUCCAAUCAAUGUAAAAUUCCUUCGAACUUUAGCUAUGGAUGAUGAUGCUGAUAACGAUCAGGGUGGUUAUUAUGCUGGCAAUAAACAAGAUAUCAUCACUUAUUCUCUAUGGCCAAUAUCUACUUUAACGUCGGGACAUUUCAGUUUACGUGGAAAUUUCCAAGAUCAGUCGGAUAAUUUAGAAAAGUUAAUUUUAUUUAAUCCUGAAUUACAAACAUUACGUAAAUUGUUUAAAAUAGAUGGAAAAGGUUGGAUCUCACUCAGAUCUUUUUUAGAUUUUGAAUCGAAUCGUGAGCAUAUAUUUCAGGUUAUGGCUACUGAUGCUGCUGGUCAUUGGAAUACUAGUCGAGUACACAUUUUUGUACGUGAUGUUAAUGAUAACCCACCUUAUUGGCCACUUUCACCAAUCCGUAAUGAUUCUUUGGAAUUUAUUUUACCGGUCGAUUUGAGGAAGCGUCAAAUAUUGUCAGAUGAAAUUGAAAUCUCAGAAAAUUGGUGGCCAUCAAAAGAGGAAGAGAUUAUCUAUCAGUUAUCCGUAAUGGAUCCUGACCAGGAUGUACAGUCCGAAGUUAAGUUCACUCUCAUCAAUGAACACUUGCCUGCUUUAUCCUCCCAAAAUUCUCAUGGGAAUAGUUUCUUUUAUAUACAACCAUCGGGUGCUCUACGUCUUCGCAAACCACUAGAUAGAGAACUAUCAUCUGUUCAUGUUCUUCGAUUUCAAGCAUCGGAUGGACAGUUUGUUACACAAGAUCUAUUUAUUUUACGCGUGAUAGUUAAAGAUGCAAAUGAUAAUAUCCCAAUAUGUAUACAACCGGAUCGCGUUAUCUCAGUCCCAGAAAAUUUGAAACUGGGCACAAUUUUGACAACAUUAAAUGCAACAGAUAGUGAUGCAGAUGCUCACAACUCUAUGAUCACGUAUACCAGUAAAUUUCAGAAUUCAAAUUUUUUCUCCGUCGAUACUCACAAGGGCACUGUCACUUUAAAUACAUCAUUAGAUUUUGAAUUAAGUCAAGAACAUGAACUUAUAAUCGAUGCUGUAGAUCCCGAAGGAUUUAGUUGCUCAUUCAAUCUGAAAGUAGUUGUUUUAGAUAUCAAUGAUAAUCAACCAAUAUUCGAUGCCAUAGAGAUAAAUGCUAUUCCAGAAGAUGCACCACUAGGAAGCUUGGUAGGAAAGAUAAAUGCUCGAGAUUUGGAUUCUGUUGAUACUAAUCGUUUAGUCUACAGUCUCGUUGGAGCCCAUGACUCUAGUUUCAGUAUUGAAUCACACACUGGCUUAUUAAGAGUCAGUCGACCAUUGGAUCGUGAAGUUAAAAGUGUUCAUACACUAACUGUUAUAGUAACAGACGGAUCACAUCAACAUUCUAGUGCAGGCGAACAGUCUACUUCAUUCACAUCGAGUGCAACAUUUACUAUAAAAUUACUUGAUGUCAAUGAUUCACCUCCUCAAUUUGUGAACACAUCUGCUCAUCGGAUAAAAAUAUCAGAACUGGCGCCUAUAGGUGAAAGGCUAACUCGCCUCAAGGCGAUUAGCCAAGAUGAAGGUGAUAAUGCUGUGAUACAUUAUCGUUUGCUUACUAAACAACCGGAAUUUGGUUUAAAUGAAACAACUGGUGAUUUAUGGCUUCAGAAACCAUUGGAUUAUGAACAAACAUCAGCAUACUUUUUAACUAUCGAAGCACGUGAUCGUGGUCAGCCUCCAUUGAGUAGUACAGCUGUGUUAACUGUUCACGUGGACGAUGCUAAUGAUAAUCAGCCACAAUUUUUGGGUAGACAACGUAUUCCAGAAAAUAUUGGUUUGAAUAACCUGGAUGGUCUGACGUCCAUUGAUUCAAAUUUUUAUGAAUAUUACUAUUCAUUCAGUGUAGUGGAGAAUAGUCGUAAUGGUACUGUUGUUGGCAAGUUGAAUGCAAUCGAUCCAGACAGCGGUGAUAACGGUCGUGUAAGCUUUCAUUUGAGCGGAAAUAUUGAUUUCUCUACUUUAUUUAAAACCUAUCAACAGGAUUCAGAAAACAUAGAAUUUUUAACAGUUUCUGAAGCUAAGACACGUUUUAGUUUAGACUCAGAAUCUGGCCGGUUAAUACUAAUCUUUCAACCUGAUCGUGAAGCAGUCAGUGGUUAUUGGUUAAUGGUACAAGUUGAAGAUCAUGGAAAACCAAUUCCUUUGUCUAGCCUUACAUUAGUUUAUGUGGAAAUAUUGGAUAUCAAUGAUUGUGCACCGACAUUUGAAAAGUCUAACUAUGAAUUUUAUGUUGAAGUUGAUCGUUCCGGUAAUAUAAGUUCAUGUUCUGAGAAACAAAAUUCAUAUGAAAAUAAUUGUCAGUCUACUACCGGUAGCAGUGGGAAUGUUCUCAUUGGUCGGCUCAAGUUGACAGAUUCUGAUGCCCAUCCAAAUUCUGGUCCAUUUACAUGUCACUUAGCUAAUUCUGGUAUUAUCCAAACUGUUCUACAUGAUUCAUUAUCAUCAUCAAGAUCAAGUGCUACAUCACUCAUUACUUCUACUACUGGUAGUAGUAGUAGUAGUACCAGUCUAUUUUCUGUUCGAUCUACAGAAAUGAGAAUUCAUACAUCUAAUUCAAAUAAAAAUGAUCAUCUCAAUAAUCAGACAGAUUUUAGUAGAGGAGAAUGUUUACUCUAUGCUAUUGACAAAUUACCUGUUGGUAGUCAAAGUUUAGUGAUCCGAGCCAAUGAUAAUGGUUUAACUGCAUUACAUACAACAACUACGGUCACUGUUCGUAUCAUCCGGAUGUCUAAUCUACCACCAGAGAUUGUCAAUACAAAUUCUACAUUGAUUUAUUAUCGCAGUUUACACGAUUGGAAUGAGAAUUAUUUUCAUGAGUCAUCUUCGAAACAAGAUAUCUCUGAGCAAAUUUCUGAUAAAACUAUAUGUCGUAUAACAGUAAAAGACCGUACAGCACAUGAUCGGUUAUUUUUUGAAUUAUUAAAAGAUAACACAUCCAUGUCAAAUUUAUUCUCUGUCGACCAAUAUGAUGGAACUAUACGUCCUGCUAUGAAAAUAUCUUCUAAUCCCGAUACAAGUCGCUCUAAUCUAUAUGAUACCUCAACUUCUUCACGUAAACCUAUGUUGAACCAAUUUCAUAAUUCACUAAUUCAUCUUGACUCUGGCAAUUAUCCAUUGCGUGUACGUGUUACAAAUGGUACGCUUACUUCUGAAGCAACAAUGCAUAUUAAAGUGAUAGCGAUAACUGAAGAAAUGCUUGACUCAUCGUUGGUAAUUCGAAUUUCAAAUCUACUACCAAAUUUAUUUUAUAUGGAAAAUUAUAAUACUGUUUUACAAAAUCAUUUAUCUAAUCUACUUUUAGAGUCAAGUUCAUCGUAUUUUUCACCAUCCAGUUCAACAAUCUUAUCACCAAAGAAUAAUUCAUCACAAGAUGAGAAUGUUUAUAUUCUUUCUGUACAAGAAACAGAUUUUCCGAAUCGUCUUAAUUCUUUGUCAUCUUCAUCUAAUGUUUAUCACCAGAAAAAUGCAUUUAUGGAUUCACACCGUAACAAACGUAGUAUUGAUAGAGCUGUUGAUAUACUGAUCGCAGUAUAUGAUCCUAAAGAAAGAGAAUUUAUUAAGCCAUUUAAAAUCGCUCAAGCUAUCAAUGGAAUAGCUGAUAGUUUAUCUGUGGAAUUCGGAGGAGAAAUUGAAGCUGUCCAUGAUGUUUGUACACCACAGUUUUGCCCUCGCGGUCGUUGUCAUACAAAAGUUAGUAUUGAUCCGAAUGGUCUCAUGAAUCGUAUUGAAGUGCAUCGUGUAAAUCAAGUAUCACCUCGAUUUGUGUUAUCGCCUGUUUGCCAAUGUCCGAUACAUUUUACUGGUUUACUUUGCAAUACACCGACUGAUGCUUGUGCACUGGCCAAUUGUCCUGCCUCUCGAUUAUGUAUUCCACAUGGUUUAAAUGACUAUUCGUGUAUUUGUCCACCGCCUCGCACCGGUCCCAAUUGUGAAUCACUCUUAAUUUACGGUGAUGGCAGGGAUGAUUGCCAUUCAGAAUCGUGUUUUAAUCAAAGAGAAAAUGGACCAUUACAGUUUACUGGUGGGACAUUUAUUCAUUGGGAAUUUGUAAAUCCUAAUCCAUUUUUUAUGGAGUUGAAAUUUUCUUUUCGAACUCGACAAACAAAUGGACCUUUAGUAUUUAUACGUUGGUCAUCAUUAAGAACUUUUCAAAUAAGAUUAACCAAUGGUGGACAUUUGGUGAUUUCUGCUACUGGCUUAUCUAAUGGUUUACCAAUAACUGAUUGGUUAGUAUCUAAUGUAUCAAUCGCCGAUGGUCAUUGGCAUCGUGUACGAUUUGUUUUGACAGUGUUGAAUUCCAAUAAAGCAACACAUGUUGAUGCCUUAUUUCAUGAUGCAUUAAUAGAAGAUUCAAAAAUGAAAUCAAAUUCUUGGAAUUCCAACUCUGAUUGGUGGGUUGAACUAACUGUCAAUGGAAUCAAUCCUCAAUCUGCUUCAAUUAACUGGAGUCCAGGUGAUUCAUAUCAACAAGGAAUUCUAGUGGGAGCAGAUCUAGUACAUGGAUUUCGUCCUUUGAGUGAACCGUACAAAUUAACAACUAUCAGCACAGCUCCCAAAAGUAAUUCAUUUCCCAAUUCAACAAAUUCAUCGCCGAUUAUCUUCCGAUCUGGAAUUGUUGGCUGUUUUCGUGAUUUCACUAUUAAUCAUAUCAAACCACCUUAUCAAAUCAAUUUGGCUCCAAAACACUCUGAAAGUUUUCGUGGUUUCUCUUCAAACCCAUCUGUAUUAAUUGUAAGGACACAUAAAUUAGAAUACGGUUGUCAACCUAUUAUGACAAUAUCUGGAUCUUGUGCAUCUGGGCCGUGUUUACAUGGUGGAACUUGUGUAACUGGUUCAAAACAAUCAUCUAGCAGUUCAUCUUAUAUAUGCGAUUGCCCUUCAUUAUUUCAUGGGAGACAUUGUGAACGAACUAAUGAUGCUUGUCUACUUGCACCAUGUUACAAUGGUGGAAGUUGUCAAGCUCUUAUAACAUCAAGUAUAUCCAAAACACCUGCACAUUCUGGUUUAGCUGCUUAUCGUUGUAUUUGUCCAGCUGGUUUAUCUGGUUUACAUUGUGAAAUUGUACACCCGGAAAUUAUAUCACAAACCUCAUUGUUAAGUAAACCAUUAGAGAAAAGUGGUUCAACAAUUCAAUCUGGUAUUACUUGUCACACAGCACAAUUAAUUCUACAACAGGAUAUAUUGAAUAAAAUACAACCGGGAACCAGUUCUAAUUUUCGUUAUGCCUUUUCGAUACCUUCAUCGAAUAUAAAUCAAGAUUCACGAGAAUUGGUUUGUUUACAUAAUGGUUCGUGUUUGGAUUCGUCUAGUGGUCCACAGUGUAUUUGUCCUUCAGGUUGGCAAGGAGCACGUUGUGAAUAUGAUGUUGAUGAAUGUCAAGUGGUGAAAAGUAUCUAUUCAAGUGAUUUACAUCAAUCUGCACCCUAUAUCAAAUGGUUAGAAAACCGCGCCAGUUCUAAAGGAGGUUUAUGUAGUCCAUACAGUUCUGGACGAGGUGUAUGUUUUAACACUCCUGGUUCAUAUAAAUGCAAUUGUUCAGUCGGUUUUUCUGGUCAACAUUGUCAAUCAAAGAAUUUGAUCCCGUUAAUUCCUGAUACCACCGUUCUUGGACUUAAUCAAUUUCAUAUUUAUAUCACCGUUGGCCUUUUAGCAUUUCUUUUUCUGGCUGCAUUGGCUACAAUAGUAUUGUUGGCGUGUCGUGCUCGCGGUAUGAUUGGUGGAACAUUGGAUGGAAAUCGACGAUCUGUUAAAUCAGUCAGUUCAUAUUGGCCUAAUGGGGGGAAUCAACAAACGAAACCUACAUCUCGUUUAUCAGACUCUCGAUUAAAUCAUUUAAGUCAUUCUGCUGGUGGGAGUUUAUCUGGUAUACCAUUUGUUGCUGCUAGUCCAGCACACUUAAAUCAUGCUAGUCAUAUUGGUACACAUCCUAGGUAUCAUAUGAUAUCUACAAGUCAUCGUCGUCCCUCUCUAGCCUCGACGACGUUCGGUUAUCCAGUCGCAAUGGAUGAAAGUGCAACCGCUCUAUUGAACGGCAACUCGGGACAAAUGCCAUUUUCUUCAGAAUCCGUCAAACUUGGUGGAAAUUGUAAUGCCGGUGCCACGUUGGCAGACUUUGGGGAUCGUGACGAUUCUGUUUCUGCCUGUAAUUCUGGAUUAGUGCUGUAUCCAACUGGCGUUAAAGAUCAAAUCCCAGUGAUGAUGAUGCUUUCUCCUCUUCCUGGUGCACAUGGAUCAGUGGGCCCUGGUAACCGAGCUAGUGUAAUUGCACGCUACUCACCUGCUUCUUCAGUUAUCUUCUAUGGGCCAGGUGUUCCCUCUGGUUCUGCAACGCCUACAAAUCAGAUCCAUUCUCCUCAACCAGGUUUUUGUGUCGAUUCGUCAGGUUCCGGCUAUAUUUCUCAACGUCAAUGCUUCACUGGUUCUCAGGUAGCCGUGUAUCCAUCAGGACAUCCUGCAUUUUUACCUCAUCCUCAGUCUCACCAACAGCUUAUUCAAAUGGUCAACAUGCGUCCGAAUUCUGUAGUAGGUUCUGAUCGUUUAUCUCUCGGUUCAGGUAGUGACCGAUUUUCUGCUCAUAGUAGUCAGGUUCUAGUGCAACCUAACAGUACUGGUCCUAUGCCUUACCCGAAUUGUCCUCAGUCUCAAGCUUUAACACCCCAGUUAUACUACCAUCAACCAUCAACACCUCAAAACCAAACAUGGACACCUCAUUUAUCAAAUACAGGGCACAAUCAACCUGGUUUGUUGAUUAUAAAUCAAAAUCAUGAUGAUUCUAACUUGGAAGAUGCAUGUAUGACACUAAAACCCCAAAAUACUGACACUGUCAAAGCUGUUGAUGUAAACAAACUCCAAUCACCUAUGAAAAGUCAGUCAACUUGUGAUAACCAAACACCUGAACCAACCAGCAAUAAUAACCGGAAGGAACUCAACCAACGACCAGUUCCUGCCAGCAUCCAGCAUACUACAAGUGCAUUUGUUUUACAAGGGCGACAAUAUUCUGGGAGACAACAAAAUAAUCAUGAAGCCCAUUCUAAUUCUGGAAUACGAAAUACUAUUAUUGUGGAGACAAAUGGUUGUGUAAACGGUUCACGGGUAGUGGGUGAUCCUAGUCCUUCUCCUACACAUUUAUCAAAUAAUUUUGCAAAGGUUGGAUCCAUUCAUACUAUAUCAACUUCUGAACAUGUUAAUAAUUCACAAAACAAUAAAACUAACAAAGACGGUGGUGCUGCUCAAGAUCAGAUUCCAAACAAUUUGGAUUGGUUUGGUAAUGGGUCAGGCUAUCAUCCACUUCUCUCAAGCAAUAUCUGCAAUUCUUUAGAAUUAAAUGGAAAUUACAAAGAAUCUCAGAUAAAAACCAAUGAGACGUCAGAUACAACAGCAACAUCGGAAAUCUCCAGAAAAUCAUUGACCAAUGGUCAAACAACAAUAAUAAUGCCAACGACAACAAAACAACAACUAUCUUCGAAUGUUGUAAAUAAUUUAAUUCAAGAUACAAAACAUAUGGCACACAUAAAUGAUAUGUAACAAUUGAUUUCUUCUCCAUUUAUUGCUCUUUUUAAUCUAUUUGCCUCUUUUUAUGAUAUAAUUAUGUAUUUUAAAAAAUUCAACGAAUAGGUUACUAUAUUCUGGUGUUUAUUAAAAUGUCUAUCAAUGAAAUGAAUAAACAUUUCUCUUCUGCUGAUGUCCUUGUGAACAUACAUGUUAUCGUCUUUUAUUCAUAAAUUCAUCAUAUACCUGUACAAAAUGUACGAAAUAAGAUUAGUAAAAUGAAUCGGUGAUAAAGAUUUGUGCUACCGGUGCUACUUUUUAUUUAUCAGGUGUGCACAAGUUAAUGUGUCUCUCUGUGUGUUUUUUAUGGAAGUGAACUUAUGCAUUUCUUGUUGAUUCGCUCUUUCUUCCUCUCUCCAUCUAUCUAUCUAUCUUUCCAAUGUAAUCUACCUCGCUAAUAUAUAAACUGAUUUUCAUGUUUUCUCUCGUUUAUAUGUUUUCUUCUUAUCGUCCUUUUUCUCACUGCUGUUGUUAUUAUUGUUGCAAUUUCUACGUGUGAUUAUUUUACUCGUUAUCAUCAACGAUAUAUAUAUAUAUAUAUAUAUAUAUAUA